UACCCCAUCAUAAUCACGAUGACGCUUGGAAACAACACUUGAACAGUUUCGUUUUCCUAAUAACCAGACAAGAGCAACGCAUUUAACAAUGGCCGGUUUGGAAGUAUUGUUUAGCACUGUAUCCAGCACAAUAAUACGUCCACAAGACGUGGUUGUGUGUUUCGUGCACUGGGAGUUGGUACAGAAUGGGUACAAAUGCCUUGGCACUGGAGAUGAGCCCCGUGAUGGCGAGAAGAAAUCCGAGUUGCUCCCUGCAACCUGGAACGGAAAUCAGGACUUGUAUUCCCUGAGAUACCGGUCAAAUGAUGACAAAAGUACCCUGCUGGUGAAGGCUAUUAUAGUGGACUCAACCUUGAUCUUCAACGUGAUGGAUUCAACCACAGAGCAAGUGUCCGACUUGACAGUCAGUGUCAGUGAUUAUGUUGAUGACCAGCAUCUGCAAGACUUUGACAGCGUGUUCAAGAACAAGGAGGACUUGGCUCAGCAGGUGAGGAGCAAGCUUCUGCCCUCCGUCAAGGCUGAGAGCAGCAAGAAGACGGGCAAGAAGAGCCAGAGGGACCCCGAGGCCAGUCGCACACAACAAGACGAUGACCCCUUAAGAAUCCCAACGAGGGCACCUCCCUCUUCAAGGAUGCCUGGCUGGUCAGACCCAAUGUCUCCGUUUGCUGCAGGAAGAGCGGAUCUUGACCCAUUUGGGGGGCAUGGGGGUGGAGGAGGGAUGAUCGUGGACCCGCUGCGGGCCGGCUUUCCCCGCUCCGGGUUCGACCCGUCCGGUGGGAUACCUGGCGUGCUGCCCCCCGGGGCCGUGCCCCCUGGAGCUCGCUUUGACCCCUUCGGGCCCGUGGGACGACACCGACCCGGCCCAGAUCCGGAUCACAUGCCGCCACCGGGUUAUGACGACAUGUUCAUGUGAAAGGAAGAACAUUUCCUGGUGCUCUCGUCUCCGCAGCGCAGCGCAACCUUCUCUUCUCGGGACGUCAGGAGACAUCGUAACAUAACAGCUGUGACAGCCGGCAGUGUGGCUCUAAUGGUGGCGUGUAAGAAAACCCAACUCACUAAAAACGCAUCUGCACUAACAGCGGAAUGAUGCAAUAGAAUCCUCUGAUACACUCCCCCCCACACACACACACACACACACACACACACACACACACACACACACACACACACACACCCACUCUGUUCUGUCCUGUCCUGUUUUUUUGUGGUGUGUGGUGGAAAUGCUGAAAGCAGUGUAGGACAAAAGGGGUGUGCAAAUCUUGUGAAGAUGUUAGAAUAAUCUCUCCCAUGAAAGACAAUUAUUUGGAUAUGUUUUGACAAGGGGAACGGUGGGGUUUUCAAGUUCCUUUUUUUCUUUCUUAAGUCCACAAGCGUAAUGAAACGUGAAACAGAGUCAUCUAUCAUAAUUGUCAGAUUCUUCUAACAGACUAGAUAGGUGAUGCUAAAAUGUUCUACACAACAGCUUUGAUUGGCUGUCUCAUUCUGCCUUUGCUCCCUCGCAUUCUGAUGGGCAUAUGAUUGCCCGGCUGUCAUCAUAUCCUAGUCAAGGUUAUAGAGAUUGAGAUGCAAGCUCAGUGACACGUAUUUGUGUAUUGUGCAUUUGUGCACAUCUUAAAGAGCUAUUUGCUGUUGCAGUAGAGCUUAUUCCUUGCUCAGCACUUUCUAUAUUGUUCAAAAUCUUAAUUUAUUAGUCUACACAUUCUACAAAUUGACCAUGACUUGUAAAGUGUUUUUUUCUGCUGUUAAAUCUGACCAUUCUAUAUUUUUGUUGUCCUUGUUUCCAAAUAAAGGACUAAUCCAUUUCUCAUCA